CGCCGUUGUUGUUGCUGCCGCUUCCGCCGCCGCCGGCUUCCACUCCACGUUGUGAGCCGCUGUCCGGGGAUACAAACUGACACCAGAACUGGACUUAAUUUCUGUUACAGGAAACAAAAGCAAUACCAACAAAGUGUUGUGGGAGGCUUUGGUCCCGCUGACCGCCGAGCUUUCUCCUCUCCCGUCCUCCUCCCGGUGGUGAGCGGACCGUCGGUGAAGGUGUUGGCCACUGCUCAGCUGCUGCUCAAGAUCAGGCUGUAAAAGCAGUGCAUGCUGGGAGAUAACUACAACGUGAGACAGUGACCGAGAGGCCAGCCGAAAGACAUUUGACUGCAUGAAGAGGCCAAGUGACGGGACCUUGGUCCUCACCUAGACCCCUCUCACGACCCCCCCACCCCCACCCCCCCUCCCUGCUGCUUGGACAUGAGGUCGUUCCGGUCGUUUGCAAACGACGACCGCCAUGUCAUGGCCAAACACGCCAGCAUCUAUCCAGCCCCGGAGGAGCUGGAGGCUGUCCAGACGCUGGUGUCCACCGUGGAGGGAGCGCUCAAGAAAGUCUCUGAUUGGAUGGAUGGCCUCAACAAACCAUCAGGGAAGACCUCCACCAAUAACGAGACUGAGGACAAUACAGUGGAGAAGGAUGCUGCUGAAAUAAAGCCAGACAGUACGCCAGUGCUGUGCGGGGUGACACGCGUUGAUCUGGUGGCCAAAGGCCUGCUCAUCAAAGGGGACAUGGACCUGGAACUGGUGCUGAUGUGCAGGGAGAAACCCACCAAACUCCUGCUGUACACUAUCAGUGCCAACCUCCCCCUGCAGAUCCAGACAAUGACGGAGGACAAAUACGAGGUGCAGUCGUGCGUGCCUGAGGCAGCCAUCCGGGUCUGCAGCACCAAAGACCCGCAACUCACGCUGAAGAUCACCCUUUCCUCCUUAGCCAUGAGGGAGGAACACAGCACCACAGAAGAAGAGGAGGACACUCAGGAGGACAAAAAGGAGAAGCAGGAGGACAAGGAGGAGGAGGAUGUCCUGGACAGGCAGAAGUGCCGGGCUGCGCUGGCUUCGCUCCGACACGCCAAAUGGUUUCAGGCCAGAGUCACAGAUCUCAAGUCCUGCGUCAUCGUCUUGAGGAUUUUCAGAGACAUGUGCAACAGACUGCCCGGGUGGCAGCCUCUCAAAGGAUGGCCUCUGGAGCUGAUCUGUGAAAAGGCCAUAGCUACCUGCAACCGGCCGCUGGGUCCAGGUGAGGCCCUGCGUCGCGUCAUGGAGUGCAUCGCCUCAGGGAUUCUUCUUCCAGGAGGUCCAGGAGUUCAUGACCCCUGCGAGAGGGAACCCACGGAUGUCCUGUCUGACCUCAGCGCACAGCAGGCUGACUCCAUCACAGACAGCGCUCAGCAUGCGUUACGCCUCCUAGCCUUUGGACAGCUUUACAAGGUCUUGAAUAUGGAUCCUCUCCCUGCCAGCAAGCCCUCACCAAGGCUGUUAGAAGGAGGCUGUCAGAAGAGGCUUCGGGAGGACGUCGGGUCAGAUGAUAGAGACUUCAUCAAAAGGAUGAAAGUCCUGGACUGGAGGAUGAUGGAUCCAAACCACCCCAUGAACGCUCUGAUGCGUCUGAAUCAAAUCCACCCGGGCCUCCAGUACCGCCUGCUGUCCCAGUCCGGCCCGGUGCAUGCUCCGGUCUUCACCAUGUCUGUAGACAUCCAGGGAACCACGUACCAGGCCACCGGGAACUCUAAGAGAACUGCCAAGCUCCAAGUAGCCCUCAAGGCGUUGCAGGCUCUGGGGUUCGUGGUCGGUGGCGAUGGAGAUGUGGACUCGCUGAGCGCCGACGAGAAGUCAGAUGGCGAAGGCAAGAAUGACAGGAUGUCCACCAGCUCCAGCUCCACCUCCAUCACCUCCUCCACAGACACACAGGAGUCCAGAGCUCCAGGUCCGAUCCUGACAGCGGGAGGUAAGAACCCAGUGAUGGAGCUGAAUGAGAAACGCCGUGGCCUCAAAUAUGAGCUGAUAUCAGAGAGCGGCAGCAGCUAUGACAAACGCUUCAUCAUAGAGGUGGAGGUGGAUAAGCAGGUUUUUCGAGGGAUGGGGCCCAAUAAGAAAGUAGCCAAAGCCAGCGCAGCACUCGCAGCCCUGAACAGCCUGUUCUCUGGCUCCAAAACCACGACCAACAAGAAGAAACGGCCCAACCCUCCUCCAAAGCGACCCAUAGCCUCAGUGCUGACCCUCCCGGCCCUCGCCGCCAGACCUCCACGAGUCCCCGUCAUCCCCAGAGCUCCGUACAUCAGCACCCCGCCCACACAUGGGUACAUCCCCCCAGGCUUUGGUGCUCCUUAUGGUUACAGCCCUGCAGGCGCCCUCCCACCCUACGGUUUUCCCUCCAGAAUGCCCUCAGUAGUUGUCCCAGUCAUCAGGGUCCCCACAACAUACCCCAUCACCCACCUCUACCCCUAUUAGGACCCUCCCUCACCUCAUCUCACUCACUUCAGAGGAAAUCACUUGUUAGUUAUAUCCUGACGUUUUACUGUCUGUCCAUGACACACGCUUCAAAAACCAACUCUGGAUAUCCACAAAUAUUUGACCAGUAUCCCCAGUCAGCUUCAAAUCAGGCAGUACCAGCACGUUCCCGCUGUGCUACAAUCCAGCUAGAUUAAAUUGGCCAUUGGAAAUUUGUGUGGCAGUUGAAAUACUAAGUGUGUAAACACAGAGUUUGACAAAUAAGCUCUUUGAUCAUCAAACCAUUAUGCAAUGAAAAUCUGAGCUCAGCAUUUAUUGUGCUGCAGUGUGUGUAAGUACAACACAGUAGGGAGCUAAACAAAUUAGUCACCCACCAUAGGAAACCCAACCAUUAACCAAAGACAGUGAACUAAAUAAACACAGCAUGUCGUCGCACCGACCUAAAAAAAAUAGUAGCUACUCAAAGGAACUGAAAACUCAGACUAGUAAAUCCUCCAUAGAGGAACUAACCCCACAUCAACCAGAGCAAAGCAAACUAAACAUACAGUUGCUGUUGGGAGCUUAAAAAGGCGUCUUAAGUACAGCAACUAUAUGUAGGAACCAAAACUAGUAACCAAAGAAAGGAAAAAAAACAUUCUCUGCUAGGAACUAAAGAAACAGCUCUCUGACUGUUUAAAUAUUCUCUGUGAAGAACUAAAUCACCAGUCACCAAACAAACCAACUGGUCACCUACUGCUAGAUAUUCAAUGUCAGAAACUAAGUUAAUAUCCACUGUAAGGAACCAAACAUCCCCUGUUGGAAUUGGAUGUUUAGUUUCUUACAGUGGAUAUUUACUUAGUUUCUUACAAUGGAUACUUAUCACUGGGGCUAAAACAACAAAUAAAAUCCUAAAUGUGAAUGAAGUGAUUCCUCCGAUUGAAUGAAUUUUUUAUUAUGUCAACUUUCUUUAAUGAAUACAACUCAUCAGUUUCGUCAACAUAUAGAUACACAUACAUGUAUGUAUUUAGAGCUCUGAUACAGCCGCCUCUGUCUGUAGUCACUCAAUGUCUGAUCUGAUUGGCUGCACGUCACCAGUAAUAGCCCAAACAAUGCAGGCAACCAAACAUCGUCUGUGUGGGAACUGAAUAAAUGAACCUUGUAGCUUUUAACUCAACAUCCAC